GACAGCAGCGCUGUCGUAAAAGGCGGUAAAGCAAAUAAUCAAAUCCUUGUUUUAUACACUAAAAUAGGAAAAACAUGGUUCUUUCAACCCAACAGAGUGAUGAUGGCCGGAGUCAUGUACUUCUAGGGAAACUGGACAAUGCCAGAACCAUGGCAAACAUUCUCAAAGCAAUCCACUUCAAAGAGUCAGCUAGUGUCUACGCAAGUGAGAAUGGACUAAAGUUUACUGUCGAAGAUGCAAAAUGUGUUCAGGCUAAUGCAUUUCUGCAAGGCAGCCUGUUCAGUGAAUUUAAGAUGCUGGAAGAGACAUCAAGCUUUAAGGUCAACCUGACUGUGCUUAUUGAUUGUCUGACAAUUUUUGGCACAAGUGCCACUCCCGGAGUAAUGACGACAUUGAAGCUGUCAUAUGACGGGUAUGGAUCACCGUUACGGCUUAUGCUGGAGGAAAUGGGGGUAACGACAGAUUGCAGCAUCAAGACCCAGGACGCUGAUGAGAGUCUAGAUUUUGACUUCUGCAGUGAAAACGUUGUAAACAAAAUCAUCAUGAAGUCAGAAUGUCUGAAGGAAGCAUUUGCAGAGCUUGACAUGUCAAGUGAUGUGCUGGAGAUCUUGAUGUCCCCAGACAAACCAUAUUUCAGGCUAUCGACGUUUGGCAAUGCAGGCAGUACACACGCUGAUUACUCUAAGGAGUCAGACAUGGUAGAAGCUUUCGAAUGUAAACGCACGACAUCUAACCGCUACAAGAUUGCGCUGCUGAAGCCAUCUGUGAGAGCGCUGGCCCAGUCAAGCAAGGUAUCCGUGCGCACUGACGAUCGUGGCUUCCUCUCCCUGCAGUAUCUGAUUCAGGUGGAUGAUGGACAAGUCUGUUUUGUUGAAUAUUAUUGCUCCCCCGAUGAGGAAUGUGACAACUGAUUUCUUCGUGAGUGAGGAAAUAGCUCAUUUUCAGUGAGACAAAGAGCACAGCAAAGCUGAUCCUCAGUAACCACUCAUCGGUCGGUCGGUCGAUCCGGACGCCUAUCUAACCUUGUCUGUAUAACAUUGGUUGCCGUAUCUGGAACUACUAGCCAUCCCAGAACGAGAUAAUAAUAUAAAAGAUUGAUAUUCCAGGGAAAAUACCAGUGAAAAUUGUAAAUAAUGUUUUCUUACCCAAACAUUGUGUAAUUUACUAUUUUCUGUCAUAAAAUAACCACCUUAUCACCACUACACAUACUUUGAGACUAUAGUGUAUAUUAUAUACCCUAUAAAUAGCAGAAAACGUGCAAAGUCAAUAAGAUUAGGAUGGAAUGUUUGAAUUGCCAAAUUUGAAAUCACCAGAUGAAAAUAGAGCAAUCUCUUGGUCUUUGUCUUGGCGAGAUCUACAGGUGUUUUGGUGUGGGUUCAUCAGGUUUGGUGUGGUAACAUCAGGUUUAAAUUCAUUUUUAUUGUGCAAUGAUUCUAUGAAAUGAAUACACUGUUAGGGCGUAAGGUAGAAAAUUAGUUCUAUUUUCUUAUUGGUAAACUAAUGCUGUCAAUUUCGGGUUGAUCCGAAUCUUAUGGGCAUGAACGCAUAUUAAACUAUGUGAUGCGAGUGCGGAAAAUAGAGGAUUUCUCUGUGGUUUAUUUAAUGCAUCAGUCACAUCAUGUAUAGCUCUACCUAGUGGGAUCUAUAUUACAGUCAUUUAUCAUUGUCAUAUCUAUCACUGACAAGUGUAUAGGCCAGGCAUGAGAUAUUGCUAUUUUAUUUAUUUAUAAUCACUUAGCUGUAUAAACUUUGUAAAUAUUCUGUAUUGGAAACACAUUUCGGUAAAUAUUUGUUAAGUCUGAAAUAAAAUAAUUUGUUAAUUUAUUUUAA